UCAAGAACUUUCAAGUGCAAGAACGACCUCUCAUCCAAAACCUUACAAGUGCUGUUAAAGAGGGAACGAACAGAUGGAAGAAAACCUUCAACCUUGAAGAGGAAAAGAUCUUUGAAAAUAUUUACAACAAAGACAACCUGUCGAUGUUUCUGAACUUGAUGCGUGGAUACUCCAAGGCAGCAGCUCCAUCGUUCGUUUCUUGUUUCGAUUUGAGUCGCUUCAAAAACGUGUGUGACUUAGGAGGAUGCACUGGAGACAUAGCCUACGCAGCCUGCACCGCCUACCCCGACAUGAAAAUCACUGUCCUGGACCUGCCACAAGUCGUUGACUGCUCUUCACAAUUCGCUCCUUCUGCGAAGGAAUGUCCCAACCAGCACAAUGUCAGCUUUGUAGCGGGAGAUUUCUUUCAGCCCAAACUGCCUACCGCUGACCUGUAUGUACUGACGCACAUCAUUCACGACUGGAGCCAAGAGAAGAUCGAUAUUUUACUCUCCAAUAUUUUCAACAAUUUGCCUUCAGGUGGAGGUAUUCUUAUAGGAGAAUCGAUGUUGAAUGAGGACAAGAGUGGACCGGUAUAUACCCAGUUUAUGUCACUGUUAAUGCUUGUGAUUKSUGAMAGAGGUGCAACCGAGAGAACUGGGAAGGAGUAUCGACAGUUACUGGAAAAGCACGGUUUCAAAGAUGUCCAAAUAGGUCUUGCUCACAAUUACAUAUUUGACGCCAUCUUGGCCAUCAAACCAUAAUAUACCAUGGCAGAAUUUCACAUGAUUAUAUAAGUUUUGUCAUGUACCAAUAUUAUAUCAACUUGGACGGUUGUAAAAAGGGUGGAUAAAGCACUGAAUCCAUUGGAAUCCACAUUUUGUUUGGAUUUUAUUUGCUGGACAGCGUUAUUCACCCUUCGCACAACCUUUCCUGCCAAUCUUAUUAUUUUUUGCCUUGUUUCUUGUGGGAAAAGGUAUAAAUGUGUGUGUUGUGUUUUAGCUGUGAAACUGUAAGUAAAUCUGCAUGGUUCAAUCAACCGACWAAAGUGUUUUUCACGGAUGCAAAAGGCCUCGAAGAAACGGUCACAUGGUACUAAGUCCAUCAUGCUGGAUGGAAAAAUACCUAUUGAGAUGUUCAAAAUAAAGAAAAGUCAAGCUUGACGGUCCGCGUCCCUUUUGUUUUUGAGGUUGUUUACAUUAUUUUGCCAUCCAAUAUGGUGGCGGAUUUAGUACCAUGUGAGCCUAUUGAAACAUGAACGCGAGGGUGAAACACUAGAGGGAACAGAACACCAAUUACAAUGCGSCUCCAAAAAGCUCCGUCGUGCCUUUAUUUUGUUCAUUGGUUGACUUGCAAUAACAACAAGURUCAUUUAUAAUGUUGGUUCAAUAAUAGAUGGAAGUAUGUCAGGGACAUUUUUGAUCUUAAAAUCCAGCAUCAUUUGUCCCAGCGCUUUGCCCUGAAACGGUAUUGUAAACUGACAUAAGCAUAACAAAAAUAAAAUGAUUUCAAACUAAA